AAAAUGGCGGACGAGGUGGAUCAGCAACAAACCACCAACACUGUAGAAGAACCUUUGGAUCUCAUCAGGCUUAGUCUUGAUGAACGGAUUUAUGUAAAAAUGAGGAAUGACCGAGAACUUCGAGGCAGGUUACAUGCAUAUGACCAGCAUUUAAAUAUGAUUUUGGGUGAUGUUGAAGAGACUGUGACCACAAUAGAAAUUGAUGAAGAAACUUACGAAGAAAUUUACAAGUCUACCAAGAGGAAUAUUCCAAUGCUGUUUGUCAGAGGAGAUGGAGUUGUAUUGGUUGCUCCUCCAUUGCGGGUUGGCUGACACUGCAGGUUGCUCCUUCACUGGGUUAUUGGACUUCCAAGACAUUAACUCUCGCUCCCUUUAAAUAUUAGGACUAUCCCAUAUUUUACAGGAGAAUUCCCAAUCCUGAUUAUGUAUUCCAAAAGUUUACGUUUAUUUGGCAAAUAAGACUCCUUUUUUUUCCUCUUGGGGCAUUUAAAUAGAUUUCAUCAAAUCAGUGGAUUUUCUUGUUUAGUUAAUACCUGUGUUCCUUAUGUACAUUUUUAAAUAAAUCAGUUCACUAAUUUUGUACAUGUGUAUGAAUAGUCUUCAUGCUUGUUACAUUUCAAUGUAGUGCAUACACAUCAGUAUUUUUGUCUGCUUGAGUAAAUGCUACUCUACUAUCAGUUUAAAUGCAUAGAUUAAAAACAUCUGGGGAAAAAUCAUAAAUGUCAUCAAAUUUGAUUUAUAUUUAAAUGGAAGAUAGCCACAAAAGGCUAAUUCGGUAAUACUCUGAGUUAAGAAAGGGAACAUUUUAUCCAGAGUACU